GUCUCUCUCAAAUUUUUUUUUUCGCUGCUCUCGAUUUCUGUUCUCUCUUCUAUUUUCCUAUUAAUUUAAGAAUUAUUAGGGUUUUCGAUCGAAAUCGGAGAUCAAGCUUCCGCUGAGCAAGGUAAAAGGUGGAAGCCAAAUUUGGACAUACUCCGGGAUGCCCAGUAAUCCUUUGUGUUUGGAUAACAAAACAACAUCUGAGAAUUGGCUGCAGACGAAGAAAACUAUGGCCUCUUCAGUCUUGGAGCAUGCUAUUAAGGUUAGAAAACCUUACACGAUAACAAAACAACGAGAGAGGUGGACUGAUGAAGAGCACGGCAAAUUUCUAGAAGCUUUGAAGUUGUAUGGUCGAGCUUGGCGCCAAAUAGAAGAGCAUAUAGGCACAAAGACUGCAGUCCAAAUUCGAAGCCAUGCCCAGAAGUUUUUCACAAAGGUUGUUCUUGAAUCAAAUGGUGAUAAUUCAGAUGAGUCGAAAACUCUCUCUAUACCUCCUCCAAGGCCUAAAAGGAAACCACUUCACCCUUAUCCUCGUAAACUUGGUAAUUCACCGAGUAUUCCAGCUGUGGAGAAAGGAGCUUGGUCUUUGAUACCUAAGCUCUCGGUUGUCUCUGAAUCGAAGCUGCUAUCAAAUGAACAAGAAAACCGAUCACCAACAUCGGUUUUAUCAGUGGUUGGGUCCGAUACCUUCCAUUCUUCUUCAGCUUCUGGUAUCAUGAGCAGUAAUGCAUCUCCAGCUUCAUCUGAGCAAGUUGAGACUUCACUUGGUGAACAAGAUGAUGUAGGCCAUUCAACAACUACUUCGGUGGAGGAUGAUGAUAAAUCUUUGAAAACAACUGAUAUGGAAUUGGAUAUGGGCACUGAUGAUAGCAUCCCUGAUAAUGAAGCUUCGCCAGCGGAAUCACCUGCAACUAGUCUGAAGCUAUUUGGGAAGACUGUUAUUGUCGCGGACACACAAAAGCCAUUGUGCUCCACCGUUGAUGAUGCAGAGCAGCCCUAUGAAGCUCCGACCUCUACUAACCAAUGGAAUGCGGCUCCGAUGUUCUAUAUUUUGCCGUCUAGUGGAGUUUCAAUGUCCGCUUCUGUUUCCAUGCCCUAUUUAUGGGGCUUUUGCGGCGAUGCAGCAUCAGAUGUUGCUGCCGCUAAGCGUUUGAAGUCAGGGGAGAGGGAGACCGAGACUUCUUUCGCUGGUUCUAACACCGUACCCAGAGGUGAAUCAAGCGUUGAGGAUGGAAGUGGCCCCCCGAAUGUUAGUUUGAAGUUCAGACCAAGCGAAACAUCAGCCUUCAGGAGCCUGAAAGCAACAAAAAACAAACCUUGCCAGGGUUUCGUGCCGUAUAGAAGAUGUGUCCCUGAUAAAGAAGUAGAGAACCAAAAGACGGGCGGUGAGAACAGAGAGGGGCGAGGACUGCACUUGUGCUUGUAGCUGAUGAAGAAGCAGCAGCAGUAAUUUUAAUGCCUUUUUGAUUUUUUUUUUGGUUCCAGAAGAUCCAGGGAUGUGGUUUUCCCUCCUAAAAAUGGGGGGGUGAGGUGGGAGAUGCAGCGUAUUGUUUUGCAGCGGUAGGUGAUGAGUGCCAUCUCUGGAUCUUGUUGUUGCAUCUGAGCUGUUUGGAACUAGUUGUUAUCUUCGUGCAUAUUGAUUAGGGGGAAAUAACCCUAAAAUUUGU